CUGUUCCUUUAUUGAUUGAAUUAUUUUUAACAAGAAAAAAGCAUCGAGUAAUAUAUGUAUCCCCUUUCCUGAAUGCCGGAUCGAACCCUAAACCUUCGUCGCACAACCAAUCCAAUCCAAAUCAAAUUCUCCCGCUACAUUUCCGGCGAACUCUCCCAACGGUCACUUUUUGAUGCUCCGAGCCUGAAAUGGAGCCCGUGGUGAACUCAGCUCUUGAAGAGAUCUGCGCCGUGGGCUCUAAGGGCCUCACGCUCCCACAGCUCUGGCCCAAACUCCACUCAUCUCUCCUCUCCAAUGGCCUUCCGCCAUGUGGCAACGUUAAGAGAGCUCUGUGGGCCAGUCUCCUCAACGUCCCGGGCCUACACUUGGAAUCCCCAGGCGGAGUUUGUUACAACUGCCAGGAUUCUGUUAUUCAGUCUGUUGAGGAGGCGGAGAAGUUGAAUUUGAAGAUUGUGGCAGCUGAGAAUCUGCGCAAUUGUUUCGUCGGGAUGUAUGAUAUCAAGGCUUCUAAUGCCGGGAUUUCGGUCCAAGGACGUCGGGCUCUCGAGAGGAUCGCCAUUGCUAGAACAAAUGGGAUCACUCAAAGUGAACUUGGUAAAGAAUUUGGCAUACCAGGGAAUAAAAUUUUUUAUGUGUUGCGGAAGCUUGAAUGCCAAGGGUUGAUUGCAAGGCAGUCAACAAUUUUGAGGAAGACUGAAGUUUCCAGUGACAGAGGGCAAAAAAAUAGCUCAAUCGUAUCCACCAAUAUGGUCCACUUGUAUCGGUUUGCAAAGCAUUUGGGCUGUCAACAAAGACUUGAAGUUUUGAAAGAGGAUAAAUUGGCUGCUAAUGAUGCUGAAGAAAAUGCACCAUAUGCUUCUGGCAUGGUUGAAGAAUCUGUCACAGAGGAUGUGCAAGUGAAAGAUUUUCUCCCAGAGCUAAAGAGUAUAUGUGAUAAACUUGAGGAAGCUGAUAGCAAUGUUCUUAUCGUGUCAGAUCUUAAAAAAGACCUUGGUUAUCGUGGACAUUCUGGGCAUAGGCGUUGGCGAAAUAUUCUUCACAGGCUGAAAGAUGCAUGUGUAGUGGAGGAGUUCACUGCUAUAGUUAAUACCAAGGAGGUAAUCUGUGUAAAACUGUUGAAGAAGUUCUCUCCCAAGCAUUUUGAGCCCAAAUCUCUUAAGAUUGGGUUAGAUGAUCCUGAUGCAGAAGAACAAGUGAUAUUGGGAAAGAGAGGACAAAUCAAUGACCAGCUUGUAGAGCUUCCUAUAGAACAUCAAGUUUAUGAUAUGAUUGAUGCCGAAGGAUCUAAAGGUUUGACAAAAACCGAGUUAUGCAGAAGGCUUGGGCUGAAUAAUAAAAGGUACAACACUCGGCUACAAACUUUAUUUUCUAGGUUUGGAAUGCAUCUACAGGCUGAAAGCCAAAACAAAGGUGUGGCGUACCGUGUCUGGUCACAUGGAAACUUCAACCGCGAAGCAUUAAGUUCAUUUAUAGACAAACCAGAUGUUGUACUUAAUGACAAUGAAACUAGUGUGCCAAAUUCUGGAAAAAGAUUUGACGAAUGCUCAACUGAAUAUGUUCCACUGGAAGAUGAUUUAGCUAAGAGAGGGGAUACAGUAAUUGAAGGAGAAAAUGAAAAUGUAUCAACUGAACUCGAAAUAUACAAGGGUUUACCAGCUGUAGGUGAUUCUAAUAUGUUACUUGGUCCUAGUAGUUCAGAGAAUUUAUCAUCCGAGACAAGUUGUAUUAUGCCAAUUGCAGAGCUUCAUAUUGUGGAUAAGGCACCUGUAUCAGAUGCGAGUAUAUCAGCUCCCAAUAAAAGAAAAUCGGAUCCAAAGUAUCUCUGUCUUACUGCGAAUGCACUUAGCAAGCAAAGGGAGCACCGAAUACUUGCACUGUUGCAGGAGGAGAAAUUCUUGAUAAAAGCAGAGCUCCAUAGGCAUCUUGAAAGCCUUGAUAAGGACAAACAGACAACAAUGGACAGGAAGACCCUAGAGCGUAGUCUAAAUAAGCUUCAGCGAGAAGGACUUUGUAAGUUGAUUCAUGUUGGUGUCCCUGCGGUUACAAACUGUGGUCGUAGCCGAACAAUGGACAUCGUUCUUCAUCCUUCUUUAGAUAAUAUCACACCGGAACUAUUAAGUCAGAUUUAUGAGAGAGUGAGGUCAUUCGAAAUGCAAAUCCGGAAUCAUCAAAGCUCUGCUAAAUUGAAGAAAAGUCAAAAAGCUCCUAUUCUUGAUGGCGUUCAAAGAAUACUUCCCAGUGCCAAAGACGAUCAGUCUGAGAGAAUAGAAGCCAUGCGUGAAAAUGGUUAUGUAAUAGCAAAAAUGGUCCGUGCAAAGCUGCUGCACAUCUUUUUUUGGAGUCACCUCACAAAAUUACCUGGUUGGAGUGAUGCUUUGCAAUCGGGUAUGCAUGGAUAUGAUCAGAAGAAUCCUCACAGCACUUGCAAGAUGAUCGAGCUAGAUACAGCCAUAAAAGCUAUGCCACUUGAGCUGUUCUUACAGGUUGUAGGAUCAACUAUUAAAUUUGAGAAUAUGACAGAGAAAUGUAGGACCGGCAUGUGCCUUUCUGAUCUUUCAGUGCAGGAAUAUGAGCAUCUCAUGGGUACUCAGGAGACUGCACGGCUUUCAAAUCUCGUACAGAUUUUAAGGGGUUUAAAGUUGAUUCGAAUGGUAAGUAGUGAGAAUUUAGAAGAUGCUGCUGCAGUCUUAGAUACCACUCUGACGUAUUCCCUAGAACUCAAACCCUAUAUCGAGGAACCGGUCUCACUGGCACCAUGUUCUGCAGCUUUUGUGCCAUCUGAUAUUCGCCCUCAGUAUAGACAUGAUUUUGUUCUUUCGAGCAGAACAGCUGUUGAUGAUUACUGGAACACUUUGGAGUACUGCUAUGCCGCUGUUGAUCGGGAAGCCGCCCUACAUGCUUUCCCAGGAUCUGCUGUUCACGAGGUGUAUCUUACCCGGUCCUGGGCAUCAGCACGUGUUAUGACUGCUGACCAGCGCGCUGAGCUCAAUAAGUCUAUUAUGAAGAAUGGCCCUGACAAGAAGCUAUCACUCAGUGCAUGCGAGAAAAUCGCAAAAGAUCUCAGUCUGACUCUAGAACAGGUGCUUCGUGUCUAUUAUGAUAAUCGACAAAAGCGUAAUACUAGACUAAAGGAAGCUUUAAAUCAGGAGGAAAUUCAGCCACUCCAAAGUAAACAUGCCUCAUCUUCACGAAAAAGAAAAAGGUCUUCAAAUGAGAAUAUGAAGUCUACGGAAGAGUUUGGAGUACAAGAAAAAGAUUUUGGCGACCAGUCCUUUAUUUCAGAGUGUGCAUUAUCUAGGCUAAGACGAACACAUCAAAGAAAGUUUUCAUGGACAGAAAUUGCAGAUAGGCAAUUGGUGAUAGAAUAUGUAAGAGAACGUGCUACACUUGGAGCGAACUUUCACCGCAUUGAUUGGAAUGGACUAACAAAUUUACCAGCAUCACCAGCUGUCUGCAAGAGACGAAUGACAGUAUUAAAUAGUAGUAUACAGUUCAGAAAAGCUAUGCUGAAACUAUGUAAUAUUCUUACUGAACGAUAUGCCAAACACCUUAGUAAGUUGCAAAACAAAUCAGUACUUGAUGGAGAGUGCAGGGUAAUGGUCCGUAAUAAUGCAUUUGCUGGAAAUAAUAGCGGAAAGGACUCUGAUGGACAGAUAAAUCUCGAGGACCAGUGGGAUGAUUUCAAUAAUGAAGAUGUAAAGAUGGCCUUUGACGAGGCUCUUCGGCAUAAACGCACUGCCAAGCUGGAUGUACACAGAGAAACUCAUUCUGUAUGUGAUGCGUUUUCUAAUCUACAGGAGGAUGGAGAACAUAAUGGUCCUAUUUUGAACAAGAGAAAGCGAAAACGCGGGAUGAGAAAUAAUGUAUCUGGACGCCUUCAGAGGAAAUAUAUCAAGUUCUUGAAUGGAGGAGCUGAUGUUAGCAAACAAGCUUUUAAAUCUUUGGCAAUUUCUAAUGCUGUAGAGCUAUUUAAGCUUGUCUUUCUGAAUGCCUCCACAGCUCCAGAGGUGCCAACUAUGCUUGCCGAGACACUCCGGCGGUAUUCUGAACAUGAUCUUUUUGCUGCCUUCAACUACCUUAGAGAUGCAAAAAUCAUGGUUGGUGGUAGUGGCGCAAGUCCAUUUGUACUUUCACAGAAAUUUAUCCAUGGAAUUUCAUCAUCACCGUAUCCGCCAAACACCGGGAAAAUAGCAGCCGAGUUCCGUAGGUGGCUCCAUGGAAAAGAAAAAAACUUAAUGGAAGAAGGGAUUGAUAUUCCUGCAAAUCUACGGUGCGGAGAUGUUGUUUAUCUAUCAGCUUUACUCUCUUCAAGAGAGAUCGUUAUAUUACCUUGUUUGCCAGAUCAAGGAGUUGGAGAGGCUGAGGACUUGAGAACGGCAAAGAGAAAACGUGUUGAUGAAUUUUACUCUGCAGAUAAGGCUAAGAAAACAAAGCAUGCAAUAAUCGGAGAAGGUGAAAUCUGUUCCCGCAGAGAGAAAGGUUUCCCUGGUAUUAGGCUGUCUCUAACCCGUGCCACAAUUUCUAGAGUUGACAUUAUCGAUUUAUUUAAAGAGAGGGAUAUUCAUUCUGAUGAAUUCUUCUGUGGUAGAAAUGAACAGAAGUUAUCCUCUCAUGUCGGCAGCACUAAAACUGACCAUCUGAAGGAAAUAGAUGAUCUUGGUACUGCAGUUCCUUUAAAAAUUUCUGUUGAUGAUACACCUUGGGAAGCUAUGGCACGCUAUGCUGACAAUCUUGAGUAUAUUGCAUGUAAUCAAGUAAGGGAGAGUCCUUUUUGUCCUCAGAUUUUUAGGACUGUGUAUUCUGCGAUUCAAAAGGCUGGUGAUCAAGGUUUAAGCAUGGAAGAAAUAUCCAUGGUUACCAACAUCCAAGGGGACAAGAUAUCAGAAAUUAUUGUUGAGGUGCUCGAGGCAUUUGACAGAGCUUUGAAGGUUAAUGCCUAUGAUACUAUCCAUGUUGUUGACUCACUAUAUCAGUCCAAAUAUUAUCUGACCUCACUGGGUGAUCCCCGCCAAUAUCGUAAGGUGGAUCCGUCAACAAACUCCAAUGUGAUAUUGGACUAUCAGCACGCUAUCCUCCAACCAGAUAAUCACGAAAAUGAUUCGACCAAUGUACUGUCAACAAGCAUUAAUGAUGAUGUGCACAGAGUUACAGUUCUGAACCUUCCUGAAGAAAUUCAGCCCUCUAGUGAAGUACAGAAAGAUACCGAGACCGAGAGUUGUCAGCAGCACAGCAUUCUCCCAGAAACACAUCAAGUGAAUGAUAUGUUUAAAUUUCAUAACGAGGAUUCUUACUUGUGUAGACCAAUAUUGUCUUGGAUAAAUGGAGAUGGGACCAUCAAUGAAGUUGUCUACAAUGGUCUUGUUCGCCGUGUCCUUGGUAUUCUGAUGCAAAAUCCUGGAAUGCUAGAGGUUGAUAUUAUACGCAGGAUGCAAGUUUUGAAUCCACAGAGCUGCAGAAAAUUGCUGGAGAUAAUGAUUCUGGAUAACAUCAUCAUAGUGCGGAAGAUGCAUCAGGCUACUUCUUGUGAGCCCCCUGCUAUACUCGGUGGUCUUAUUGGGAACAGUUUCAAGAAACCAAAAUCUGUCUCUAGAGAGCAUUUCUUUGCUAAUCCAUUGAGUGCUGCUACCUUGUUGUAAAGUGUAACCUUUGUGAUAUAAAUUGCCCUCAGUAACUUGUUGGUGUAAGUUAAAGUAAAAUGAAGUACUAUAGAUGUAAAGUUGUGGUUUUGUUUUAGAGUAACCAGAUUAAUGUACACUUGCACAUCUUAAACAAUGAUUAUUAUGAUGCUAUCACACCUCAAACCGUAAAAAUUAGUUAUUUAAA